CAGGAAGGCAGGGAGCAGGCCAAGGCGCAGAAGAAGCGGUGUUUAUGCUGGCUUACCGAUAAUCGGGGGGUGAGCCAUUCAUCCCACAGCUUCGCCACCCGGGCAUUCGCAGAGGGCGUGUGAGGCCGCUGAGGCGUGGAGAGCAACUGGUGGAGAGAACGCUUGAGGCUGUCGGAGGCGGUGAUGCGCUCUACUGGCAAAUGGAAUGUGAUUCUACAGCUGUAGGUACGCAACGCUUGGAAAUCCUGGCGCGAGUCCUGCGUAUGGAAUGCUGCUCGUGUGCAUGUCGGUUGGUUUGUCUCAUCAUCAGGUUGUUUGCCAUCAUCCUUGCUCUCUGGUCCCACCACAAUGGACGAGGACGAUGAGAUGGGCGGCGGCAGCAGCCCUCGACGCCGCGGCAUCAAGCGCCUCUGCCACGACCUGCCGCAGGAGUUCAACAAGAAGGUCCGCAUCGGCAGCCCACACCCAUCCCCGCCACCCUCACUGCCGCCCAUCGACGAGGACGUCGCCAUGAGAGGCGCUGGCUCUUCACAGCGAGACGGCGUGUUGGCAGCGGCUGCUCCUGCGGACCACACACACGGUGCCCAUGACAUGACCAAUGGAGUACCUCAGCAACCCCAGCAGACAGCAGAGGGACGACCAAUCGCACCCGCGAGCCAGCGAAAUGAUCUCCUUGCACCUCUCCCACCCCACCACCACCACCAGCAGCAGACGAGCGAGCCGUCCGACGAGCAGCGUGGCAUCGUGUUGGGCCGCGGGAUGCCGCCUGGCUCCUUCUACCAGUACGUGAAUCGUGACCUGGGGCAGCUGCAUGCGGAGCGGUCGCAUCGGCAGACUCAUCAUCGGCCGAUGAUGCACCGGUCUGGCUCAGCGCCGGGCGGCCUGCGGUCAUCUGGGGGUAUGGGUAUGGGUGGGGCGGGGGAUCAGGGUGAGGGUCAGGGUGACAUGUCGUAUGGCGAGGUCAACAGGAUGAUACGAGACCUGCACUUCGGGGGCAGGUAGAAUGACGUGAGUGACGAAGAGGGGACCAGACGGGUCGCCAGCUGGUGCGGGCUGCGAUGCUCUGUAAAGUACGUGAGGCGGGGUGGCCUGUGACCUGCG